GAAAGCCGAGGGAUAGGAGUGAGGGUAGAGAGAAACUUGAACUGCUUCAGUCGAUUAGAAUAGUAGAGUAAGUUAAGAUGGAUGCUACAAAUCUAAAAGAUUGGAGUAUGAAUUUCGCCGCGUGAUUGACAAGUUGUAUUGAAGAAACAUCACUAAAAACGUUGUGGAGCAUUAAUAAAAUAGUAUUUUAUGAGUGAUGUAAAAUAUAAAGAAUGAAAUUACCAGUGUUAAAUGUGCGUUAGUUAUGAGUAAAACAUCUGCCAGCGAGAUAAAUGCUGUCUACUACAAUGGUGGAUAACAAUUGUAUUAUCGAGGGAAAUGUCAAAUUUCGCGAUGGCAAAAAAUGGAAAUCUCGGUGGUGUGUUAUGCGGAAAUUGUCGCCAGUUGCAGACUGUUUACACCUGCAACUUUAUGGAGACAGCAAAGAUAGGUAUAAACAAGGCCAGACCAAAGCGUCUUUGAGUUUACAACAUUUUUUAGGAAUAGAAAGUGGCUUUACUCUUGAUAAAGAGUCGAAUACUAUCGCGAUUAUUUGCCAAGACUUGAUAGUCGUGCUUGCUUUUGAUACAAGAGAACGCUUGAUACAGUGGCAGGUGAAGAUUUCAAGUAAUUUAGGAGAAGACCAACAAUUUUUAAUCAUAAUAUCAUCGGCACCAUCAAAAGCAAAAGUUGCGAAUGGUCCAGCACAUUUGCACAUUCAAGAUCGACGAUUUUGUCUCACAGUUGGUGUACCGCCUCGGCUUGUUGGCGUUUGGGAAAUUGCCCAUCUACGACGUUAUGGAGUAGUGGAGGGGAGAUUUUGCUUCGAAGGUGGGUCGAGAUGUGGUCGAGGGGAAGGGUUGCAUGUGCUUAUAACAGAUCAGGGCGACGAUAUCGUUAAGACGCUCCAGCUGGCAGCUGAGGGGAAGUUGGCGACACGAAAGAGGCCAUUGGGGCGCGAGCUAUCAGCGCAGGACAGCCCACGACGUCAAUUCAUUAGAUCUGAUACUAGAGCUAGUGAUUUUUUCCCCUCAACUGUUUCCUAUACUACUACCACUACUUACAAAGAACAAUUUGAGAGCUGUAAAACUGAGACUUCGCCUUGCUGGUCUUCAACCGAAAGCAGACAUCACACGGAAUUAGAUGGUGAUUACAGUUGCCGUGAAACGAGUUCUGUUACAGAGCUAACAGAUCAACAGACAGAAUGGAGAAAUGGCUCACUUCCACGACAAAAUACGUCUGGCUUAGAAAGAUGUUCCAGCUGCAUCAGUAAAUUGGGAGCAAUAUCGAAAAAUCCUAGUGGAAAUACAACAACCACUCUGAGUUCAACAUCUGGCAAUCAUCUCAAUAAUCCAGGUUGCCAUUUGCAGCAGCCACGCGCCUUCGACAGAUUAUCGUUAUCGUCAUACAGCAGUUCCAGUCACGAUAGCGAUUAUUCCGGCUCACAAAAUGCAGAUUCAAGUGUCUGUGUUCUAUCAAAAACGUCACCGGUUAAAGAGCAACCAGAUCAACAACAACAACAACAACAGCAGCAACCACAACAACAACUGCAAAUUCAGCAAACAGCGCAACCGCAGCAACAACAGAAAUCAUUAUCACCUAGUCCUACUACACUGCCACCAAGACCGCAGAAACCGUCCACUGCCAUAAUGAAGACAAAGAAGCCACCUAUGCCCUUGCCUAAUGAACAAAUUUGUACGUGCAAGUCUAAAAAUGCAGUUACACGUGUCAAGUCGAGCCCUUAUGAAAAUUAUGAUAUUCCAAAAACAAUUUUAGCUCAUCACAUGUCGCUAGAACCACCUACUAAUCAAGGUGAUCAAUAUUAUGAUACUCCUCGUAAGAUAAAAGAGUGUCUUGCACUCCCAAAAAAUUAUCCAAAUUACGAUACACCACAUACUCCACAAGCUGUUAUGUUACAACAGUGUGGAUGCCCGGCAAAAAUGUCAGCUCUAUCGCCAAGGUCUUUGGGAUGUCCCUGUCACAAUGUUAUGAGUUGGGCUGGUUUUGUUUUGCCUUAUUGCCGACGAGGAGCUGGCAUUGAGCCCACUGGCGUUGCCGUUCAUCCCGUGAAAUUAUCAGGAGAAGGAAAAAUGCCAGUUGUGAAUGCAAAUGGUGAACUAGCAAUUUAUCCAAGUGGCAGCAAAGAGUUUGGAAAUAAUCAUCUGGGCAGUUGUGCUAUAAAAAAUGAGAACGACUAUUUGUCAAAGUCUACAACGAAUAACUACGAAAAUGUGGAACCAGUUAUCGACACGCAACCAGAAUCAAAACGAGCCAAUUAUGUUAAUAUCGACUUUACCGAAUCUCUUGAACACUAUGAGAAUAGUAGAGAUCUUAUCACGAGGAUGGGUAUUUCUCAGGAAGAGAUGGAGGAAAUUGCAGACGGGUUGAAAGACAGGAAUAAUGAGGAGGAUAAUAGUGAGCAAGAAGUCGACAAGGUAUGUAAUAAAUGCGGUCAUGUAAAAGACAAUGCAACCAACUAUCUGCAGAUGGAUCCAGAUAAGCAGUUAAAGAAACCAUUUCCGGGGUACUUGCCGAUGCAGCCUGCUCAUAAUGCUUGCUCAAAGGAAGUUAUCUCGCGUAUUUGCGGUGGAACUAAGAGCUCCAGCAACCCUACGCUCUUUGGUAGCUCUUCAUUGAUUGAAGGAAACAGAAAGCGUUCGGAUUCUGAAUUACGAAUUCCCGGAUCCGCGAUGUUAUCAAGUCCCUACCUUAGACGCCGUUUAAUCGAUCCAUCACACAGUAUUGACGGUACUGCCAGUUUGGAAAUGUUGUGGAGAAAACGCUCUUAUUCAGCGGAAUCUGCACAUUACCUAGAGGAUUCGAGUCCUGGUUUCUCAUCUUCAAAUGUGAUUCACAAAUGCUCGAGUGAAACGGAUAAAUCGUCUCUGAUAAAUAAAGAUCAACCUAUUCCAUGCAUCAAUUCGGAUCUCAAGGUGAAUCGUGACUGUGAUGAAUCAAGUGGAGUCUCUCAACCGUUUUCAAUAAAAAUACGACGAUCAUCAUCUGUGCCAUCUAAAGCUGGGCACAAUAGAGAUUCAUCAAGUAGCAACGACUCUGGAGUCUCUACUGGAUCCCUUAGCCAUCGAAAUGCCGAAUUCGUAGAAUUUGAAUAUUCUUUAACACCUAUUUCUUCUUCGAGAAAGCAAAAUAUCCUUACGAUAUGUCGUAAAAGUCCUCCACCAGUUUGCUAUCAUAGCAGCUUACCGAGAAAAUCAAAAUCUAGUGAUCCACUACGAGAAUUAUCUUUUCAAUUUCAAAAAAUAAAGAUACCAACUAAAUCUUCUUCAGCGGAGGGCGAUAUACCAACAUGUUUGCCCAAAAGUUCAAAAGGAUUCAGUAGUCCAGGAGAAACAUCUGGUACUCCGUAUAUUGACUCAAGGAGUACAAGUAGCGGCACUUCAGAUAUGUCUGAUUAUAUUGAGACACUCUCGCUUUCAUCACACUCUUCGUCUGAUACGCCAGACAGUUUGAGAUUGGGAGGCAGAGCAGUAACAACUACUUUACGUCCUCGUAGUGGAAAAGAGUAUUACAAAUUGGAUCGUAGUAUUUUAACAGAACAAGGACGAGCGACGACAACAACAACACCAUCAAGCUACGCAAACAUUACUCCAGUUUUAGAGAAAAGUGAGUCUCCAUCACCUGGAUAUAUGAGCAGUUCAUCCUUUGAACAACCUCUACAAGCAAGAGAACAUUUUCUUUUUCCUGAGGAAGCUUGAAACGAACGAUAGCAAGUAAAAAUAAAAUACCAGUCUUUCUCACAAUGAAUAGAAGAAUACUAUGAAUAGAAGAUAGUGAUGAACAACUGGGCAACCACGACUAUUUAUACUAUACGCAGAUGUCUGGUGAUUACUGGCAUAUUUUUUGAAGCAUCUAUUUAACUUCCUGAGGUAUGAAAUUGUAAUUGCUACAAUAUGAACAAAAGACAUAUUUCCGACUAAUAUUCAUAUGGAGUAAUCAAGCAACUAAUCACGAUAUUCUCUACAACUCUAUUUAAAUAGGCUCACUUAUCAACUUUUUCUAUACCGUUUUUUAUAUGGGUCUUCCUUUAAUAGGAAUUUUCGAGGUUUUUUUUGUAAAAAAAUAAACAAACCUAGGGUCUUGCGUAUAGUUGAAAUACAGUCAAUAAUCAAAUACUUCCUACAACGACUAAGAGAAUUAUUUCUAAAAUACGCUCAAUAAUGAAAUUUAUAAUAGUAAAUAUAAUAUGAAUCCUGCCCUAGAGUUUAAAAAUGUAUGUAUGUAUUUACUACUUUGGACUACAUUGUUUUUAAAUAUUUUUUAUCUUCACGAGUAUACUUUUUAUAUGGAAAAAAAAAGAAUAUAAAAUAUUAUAAUAAUUCGAAAAUAUACUUAAAGAACAUUUAGUUUAAAUGAUUAAGCUAUUCAAUAAAUUGAUAAAAAAUAAAUUCUGAGUUAUAAACUCACAGGGUUCACGUACUUAACGUUUUAAAUAAGACAAAAUCAAUAAUAGCCUCUAGUGACUUUAUUUUAUGAGAAAAAAGGUAAUAUUAUUAAAUGAAAAAUGUCGUAAUUUUCAAACAAACGAAAGUAGCAUGAAAUUUGCUGACUCGGUAACAAAAAAAAAAUUAAUUGAGCUUCAAAAAUAUGCAUUAAAUGCAUUCAUAAAUCAAUGCUGUUGUUAAUUAAUAUCUGUUCCGAGUUAUGAGCUAAAAAAAGCUUCAAUCUAUAGCCCUAUACAAUCACAUAUGAUAGCGAUAUCAAAUAAUUAAAUUAUAAUAUAUAUUAUUAUAAAAAAAAACUUAAUCAUAAAAAGCAACGAAAUCUUUAUAAAUAUCGCAGCAAUGUACCGUGGCAUUAUCUCAUUCCUAUUGAAUGCAUUUUUAUUUUGUUAGAAAGCUAUUGCUUUCAGUGUUUUUUAUUUAUUAUAAUUAUUUAUUAGAUUUUGAAAUAAGUUGUACUUGAUGUUAUUUCAUUAAAAGUAUGGUAUAAAUGUUUCUUACGUACUAUUCACAACAAACUUCCUAUGCCAAAGGCGUAGUAUAAUGAGUUUUUAUCAUUAGCAUUUUUUUAUAUACUUAUACUUGAAUGUACAUUUUAUAGAGGUAUUUUACAUAAAUUUUUUAUUUAUUUUAAUGCUUCCCUAUUGCUUCUGUAAUUGCCUAAAGUGAAUUGAACUAACUGUAUACAAACAGCUGGAGUUGCUGUCAAUGUAUACAUAUCAAAACGCAAUAAUGAGUGAGUAGAUAAGUAAUGGAUAGAGAAAAUAUUGCAUUUAUAUUUACCUAAAAUUUUGUGCCGAAGUAUAUGUUUCGCAUUGAGAAAAAAAUUAAUUAUUAAUAGUGAAAAUAUUUACUGA